AUGUCUAGAGAUAACCUCUCAUGCCUUCUUUACGGGCCCGGACAGCUCAAAUUUGAACAUCGGCCUGUUCCCGAGAUCACUGAUGCCCACGACGCUAUCAUCCGCAUCACCUAUGUUGGUGUCUGUGGCAGCGACGUACACUUCUGGACGCACGGAGGCGUCAGCCGAAAGGUCUCAGACGAAGCCCCCCUCGUCAUGGGCCAUGAAGCUUCAGGUAUCGUACACGCAGUUGGCUCCGAAGUCACCACACUGAAACCCGGCGACCGCGUGGCCAUCGAGCCCGGGUUCCCCUGCAGGCGCUGCAAGCUCUGCAAGGCUGGAAGAUACAACCUCUGCCGUGGCAUGAAGUUUGCGGCCGACCCCCCUUCAACUCACGGCACCCUGACUCGGUUGUUCAAGAUCCCCGCAGACUUUGCGUACAAGAUCCCAGACUCGCUCGGCUUGCAGGAGGCCGUCAUGGUCGAGCCAUUUAGCGUUGCCAUUCAUGGAGUCCGCCUUGCCGGUCUGCAGCCGGGACAGACGGUGUUGGUGCAAGGGUCGGGCACCAUCGGCCUUCUGUCCGCUGCGGCCGCAGUGGCUUACGGGGCGGGUUCUGUCAUGGUCGUGGACAUCAAUCAGAAGAAACUCGAUUUUGCUAGGACGUUUGUCGAAUGCAAGACGUUCAUUCCUGAUGCUUCGUCCACGCCGGAAGCAAACGCGGAAAAUCUCAGAGCAGUUGCUGGCCUCGAGGGCGGAUUCGAUGUCGUUCUGGAAUGCACUGGAGUAGAAUCUUCGGCUCAAACUGGUCUGUUUGCAUCGGCAGCUGGGGGGGUCUUUGUCCAGAUUGGAAUGGGCAGACCAAAGCAAAGUCUUCCGCUGCUCGACAUGUGUGAGAAGGAGACCACGCUUAAGACGGCAUUCCGGUACGGACCCGGCGAUUACGAGAUUGCAUUAGAACUAUUGGCGGCUGGGAAACCUAGCGUUAAGUCCCUGAUAAGCAGCACGUCGCCUUUCCGUGAUGUUACUGAGGCUUGGGAGAAAACGAAAAGAGGCGAGGGGAUAAAAAACCUGAUUCAGGUCACAGAAGAGUAA